AUGCAGGCCGAGGACCUGGCGGACGUGCUGCGGGGCCUCGAAGAGGAGUUCGAGGCGGGUGAGAGGCUGGCCGACGAGCGGGCGUGGUGCGCGCCGGUGCCGCGGGAAAGGGAGGUCAGGACAGUGCGGAGGUUCUACCGGGCGUUCCACGACGCCGGCACGCUACCGACCGCGACGUGCACGCUAUGCUACCGGAAGCAGGCCAGGUGGAGCUCAGGAGAUGGCGUGGAGGGCUGGUCGCGGCACGGCGCGGCGCAGGGAGGCGGGCGGUCGCCGUUCGGGUGCCGAAGCUGCUUCCCCGAGGGCGCGCCGGUGCCGGUGUGCGCCGAGUGCGCGCGGCGGGUCGGGCGCGACGGCGCAUCGGCGGCGAUGCACCUCCACCGGCGGCUCGGCUGCGAGCACGUCUACCCGGACGAGCUCAAGGGCCUGACGCCGGUCGAGGAGAAGCUGAUCGCGCUCAACUCAUGCUACGGCUUCGUGACGAAGUACAGCAUCCCCGGCGGCCAGAGGCAGGGCGUGAGGUACCCGAGGCACGUCAAGGGCCACAUCACGGUGUUCCCAAACGACGUCCAGGGGCUCGCGACCAAGGUGCUCCCGCACCCGCUGCUCCGGGUCAUGGACGAGAUCCACGUCUCGUGGCAGGGCGCCGAGAGGCCCGGGCCGCGGGACUUGUCCGGCCUGCUGUCUGUACGGCGGCGGCCGGUGGAAAGGGCGUUGGCGUGGCUUAAGGAGAAUAACCCGCACUAUAGCGAGGUCGAGGUCGACACGGCCGAGAUGGACAGCUGGGGGGAGCCGGCGCACGGGGUGCCGGCGGCGGUGUGGGAGCGGCUCGAGCACAACGAGCCGUCGGCGCGCGAGAGGACGCAGACGGCGCAGCUGGUGCCGCCGACGGAGCGGGCCAUGGACGACGAGGGCGUCGUCGAGAUCGAGGAGGUGCUUGCGAUGCUAAGGCAGGGCCGGGACCCCGCCGAGGGCCGGCCCGACCCCGGGCCUACGUACGAGGGGGCGGGUAACGGCGAGGAUCUAGAGGGCGCUAGGCCCGAAGAGGAGGGGGACAUAAUUAACGAGGUAACGUCGUCCGGCAUGUUCCCCCUCGACGGGGCGCCCGAGGUGGCGGACGCCGAUAAGAUCCGCUUCGCCCGCGAGGCUAUCGGGACCAUAGGCCCGAGGACAUGGGUCAACAUGGCGGCGGGAGGGGCGGCGGGAGGGGCGGCGAGGAGCAGCGGCCGUGGCGGCGACAGCGAGCCCUACAUACAGGUGCGGCGCGGAGACGAAUUUGCCGACUCGGCAGACGCGUCCUUCUUCGUCAGGGCCUUCCCGACCCUGUUGCCCUUUGGGCUAGGCGGGCCGAGGCUCGCCGACGAGGCCGCCGCGGGCGAGGGCGCGGCCGCGGCCGCCGGCCGGCGGGGCGGCGAGGCGGAGCGGGUCGCCGAGGGCCUCACGUCGACGCGGAACAUGAACCUACAAGCCUGGGCCGACGUCGUACUACGGCGCCACGGCGGGCGGUUCGCGACGCACCCCAUAUUCGCCUUCCUCGUCUUCAACAUGGGCGUACGGUCCAGGAAUCGCCAGGCUAGUAUGCUGGGCGUGACGAGGAAGAACUUUGCAAGGGUCGAGGGCCUGCUAAAGUCGUUAACGACGCAGAGACUCGAGGCGGCGAAGGUCGAGCUCGAGGCUACGGGCAAGACUAGCGACGACGGGGUGACGGAGCUCCUCCGGUCCCUCUCGGUGUACGGGGUGCCGGUCAUCUGGUUCACGCUGAACCCGAACGACAUCACGAACCUAGUAAAGCUACGGCUGGCGGCGUACCGCGCCCGUGACCCCGACGCGGCCGAGGCCUUCCUAAGGGACCUCGGGAACGCGUAUAAGCGGACGCGGCUCGCCAUAUCGGACCCGAUGAGCUCGGCCGUCUUUUUCCACCGGGAGAUGACGCUCUUCUUCGAGCACUACGUCCGGACCGGGGAGGAGUCGGUGUUCGGGCACGUCGGGGCCUACUACGGGGCCGUGGAGACGAACGAGCGAGGUGCCCUCCACCUCCACGGGCUCCUCUGGCUAAGGGGCAACAGGGGCCUCGGCGAGGCGCUCGCGGGCGCCGACACGGAGGAGCAGGCGGCGUGCCGGGAGCGAAUCGUCCGCUACGUAGACAGCGUCUUCUCCGAGGAGCUAGACGCAGAAGGCUACUGCGCCGUGCAGGCGGAGAGGUCGGCGACGGCGGACAUAUCGUCGCGGCUCGACGACGUCGCGCGCUUCACAGACGCCUUCAACGAGGAGGCCAACUUCUGCGCGGGCGCGACGCAGGUCCACACGCACAGCGCGACCUGCGCGCCGUGGAGGCUGGUGGAGAGGACGGCGCUGACGACGGACGGGGUGCUCGAGGUCCGGCGCACGCAUAACAUGGUCAACCGGUGGAACAGGGCGAUGGCGGUCGGGCUGCGGCACAACCACGAUAUCUCGUUCAUCGCGACGCAGCGUAAGACUAUGGCCCUGAUCUACUACAUCACCAACUACGCGACCAAGGUCGAGGACCCGGCGUGGAAGCGGGUGGCCGCGGCGGCCGAGUUCCUCCCGACGCUAGAGGGGGAGCUAAUAGAAGAGAACAGCGGCAGUAGUAGCGAGGGGAGGAAUAAGACGAGGACGUUCCUACUCAAGGUAGCGAACCGGGUCUUCACAGAGCGGCCACUCUCGCAGGUUGAGGUAAUAGCCCACCUCCUAGGGUAUCCGGCGGAGUUCAGCAGCGGCUCGGCGUGGGCGCGACGCGCCGGACGAGACGUCGUGGAGGAGGCCGGGCCGAGAAUUCCCCUCGUCGAGGCCUACCGUCACAGGGGGGAGCUCCUACAACGGCUUUGCCUCUACGACUAUACGUCACUUAUAAGGCUGAGGCGGGCCGGCGGCAGCGCCGACAGCAGGGCGGGCUGGGGCGAGAUACCCCUCGCAGAGGGCUGCGCGGCAGGGAAGGGCUGGGUGCAGGUGCUUAGGCGACCGGGCAAGGCGGCGACGGUGCGGCUAGACGGGUACCUAAGCAAGGAGUUCAGUAAGGAAGACGAGGAGUCAUGCCACCGAAGGGCGGCGGUGCAGCACCUUGCCCUAUUUAUACCAUGGGAGUCAUUUGUCAGCAUAGGAGCCGGCGACAUCAACGAUAUCUGGGCACAGGCGCGAUCGUCGCUCUCCCCGAGGGUCGCGCGGCUCGUAGACAACGUACAGCUCCUCCGGCGGUCAGCGGAGGACGCGAAGCGCGACGCCAAGCAGUGGGCCGCGACAGCCGAGGAAGACAGGUCGACAGCGCCACAGGCCGAAGACGAAGGUAGGGCCACGGGGAGCGGCGGCGAGGGGGCGUACCGCGGCGGCGGGGCGGGCGACACGGCCCGGCUCAUCGACGUGGUCCGGAAUGCAGCCGCCGCGGGGCAGGUGACGGCGCAGUCGACAGAGCUGCUAGGGAUGACGCAGCAGCUCUGCCGGUUCCAGCAGCCCGGGCUCGAGUCAGCCGCCGAGCUCGCGGCGACGGUGGUAGCGGAGGAUGGGCCCGUGAGGCGAGUCAACCUACCGGGCUCGGCGCUCUCGGGGGCGCUGCCGCGGCAGGAGGAGGCGUCGGGGCGGACCGCGGCGCGGCCCUCCGCGGGGUCAUGGGGAUUCGGCGAGGACGACAUGGACGUGACGGCGGCCGACGGCGACCCAGACGUAGGCACGGCGGCGGGGAUGCGCGUGCGGCUCGGCCCGUCGAGCUCGUUCCUCGCCGCCGGCCGAGCUGGCAAGGAACUGACGCUGAACGAGAAGCAGUCAAUUGCCCUCCUCAUCGUAUGCCGGCAGCUCGACCAGAUCCGGCAGGCCAACGAGGCAGGCGGCGACGGAGAAGGCCAGCUCUGCCUAUUCGUCGGCGGCGAGGGCGGCACCGGCAAGUCGCGCGUCAUAGAGGCGCUCGUCGAGCUGCUCGCCCGGAGGGAGCUCUCGAGCCGGAUGCUCGUGACGGCGACGUCGGGCACGGCUGCGGCGCGGAUCAACGGCAUCACCCUCCACUCGGCCUGCGGCCUCACGGUCGGCCAGGCGGGAGGGGCGACAAGGGAGCUGGACGGGGUGCGGCUGCCGGGCGCGGGCGAGCGCUUCGUCGACGGCCGGUCGCGCAUGGACUGGCGGGAGAAGGAGGUACUCGUAAUCGACGAGGUCAGCAUGCUCGGGGCGCGGACGCUGCACGCGGCCAACGAGCAGCUCCGCCGGCUGCGGGGGUCGGCGCGAGACUUCGGCGGGAUCCCGGUAGUGAUCCUCUGCGGCGACUUCCACCAGUUCCGGCCGGUGCAGGAGCGGUCGAUCCUGCUGCCGAGCGCGGCGGUGUCGUGGGACGAGGACAGGGCGUUCGCGGCCGAGCAGCGGCGGCAGCACGACGAGGCGCACGCGCUGUGGCGGCGCUUCACAACGGUCGUCAUGCUCGACGAGCAGAUGCGGGCCGCCGGCGACCCAGAGCUGCGGCGGCUGCUCGGGCGGAUCCGCCGCGGCGAGCAGGACCGGUCGGACCUCGAGCUGCUCAACUCGAGGUGCCACCGGCCCGGCAGGCGGAUCGCGUGGGAGACGGGCGUGACGGUGGUCACGCCUCUCAACCGCAACCGCUGGAACCUCAACCUCGAGGCGGCGCUCGCGUUCCGGGCGCUGCGGCGGACGGCGGCGCGCGUCUUCCUCUCCGAGCACAAGUGGAAGGACGGCGAGCCGACUGAGGAGGAGGCGGUGCUGAUGCUCGGCCAGGGCGACGACAGCGCGACGCCGGUGCCGGCCGUCUUCGUCUUCGUGCCCGGCAUGCCGGUCGUCGUGAACCAGAACACGCACCAGGGGCUGAAGGUGGUGAACGGGGCCGGCUACACGGCGGUGGCCGUGAUCCCCGACCGGGCCUUCCCCGGCCACCGGGUGUCGGCGGAGCUGACGCUGCACUUCGGGCCGCCGGCGGGCAUCGUGCUGGCGUCGGAGACGACCCGGGACCUCCACUUCCGCAACGACGUGAGCCGGCGGGGCCUGCCGUGCGCGGCGGCCUUCGCCUGCACCGACUACAAGGUGCAGGGCGGGACGAUCGAGCGCGUCGCGCUCGAGCUGCGGGGGGCGAGGACGACGACGGUCGAGGGCAGGGCGGUGGCGUCGCCGUGCGACCCGUACAGCCUCUACGUGCAGCUCUCGCGGUGCCCGACGCUCGACGGCAUCACGCUCGUGUCGGAGGUGCGGGAGCGGGACUUCAUAGGGAACCGGGUGCCGAAGGAGAUGACGGCGGCGCAGGCACGGCUGGAGGAGCUAAGCGGGCUGACGACGCGAGAGGCGGCCGGCCUACUCCGCGGGUGA